GGGUACACUGACUUCCUGGUAAAGAGUUGUGCGGGAACUUCGGAGUUGGAGGCAAAUUGCAACUGCGUUACAGACUAACAUUGCUUUUAAAGUAUAGCUUAAAGGUCGGUUGCACAGAUGCCUCCUAAGGCUAAGACAGGAGGUAGAGGACCAGCCAAAAGGAAGCUGGCAGAGGAAUUUCCGCCUGGGGAGAUCCUGACUGACAGUCACAAGAAACGCUGGAUGCUCGGCAGUCCCAUUGGCCAAGGGGGCUUUGGUCUACUGUACCUUGCAAAUGAAGAAGAUGCACAAUCUGUGGGACAAGAUGCCCCCUAUGUCAUCAAAGUGGAGCCCAGUGAAAAUGGUCCGCUGUUCUGUGAGCUGAAGUUUUACCAGAGGGCAGCCCGGCCUGAUCUAAUUCAGACUUGGAUGAAGUCACACAAGCUAAAGCAUCUAGGAGUUCCAAGAUACUGGGGAUCUGGACUCCAUAAUAAAGGAGGAAAAGGGUACAGGUUCAUGGUGAUGGACCGAUUUGGAACAGACCUGCAGAAGAAGUUUGAAGAGAACGGCAAAAAGUUUCCACACAAGCUGGUCCUGCAACUGGGCCUUAAGCUGUUGGACGUGCUGGAGUACAUUCAUGAGCACGAGUAUGUGCACGCUGACAUCAAGGCCUCCAACCUCCUGCUCAGCUACUCCAACCCCAAUCAGGUGUUUCUGGUAGAUUAUGGGCUGGCAUACCGUUAUGCACCUGAAGGCCAGACGAAAGACUAUAAAGAAGACCCAAAGCGAUGCCACGACGGGACCAUUGAGUUCACCAGCAUCGAUGCCCAUAAAGGAGUGUCUCCUGCUCGGAGAGGGGACUUGGAGAUCUUGGGCUACUGCAUGGUGCAGUGGUUGUGUGGACGACUGCCUUGGGAGGACAAACUGCAGGACCCUGUCUACGUGCGAGACUCCAAACUCACAUGCAGAGACAAUAUUGGGGAAUUCAUGAAGAAAUGCUUCCCAUCGGAGAAUAAGCCAGAUGAAAUGGUGAAGUUCAUGGAGGAGGUCAAGACACUCGGCUACAGCGACAAGCCGCCGUACGAGAAGCUUCGGACCAUUCUACUGGAUGGCCUCAAGUCCAUUGGGGCAUCUGCAGAUGACAAGCUGAACUUCUCUGUGGCGACCAAUGGCGGCGCGGCUGUAAAAGCCAAGACCGCUACUAAAAGAAAGAAGGCUAUGGCUAGUGAAGACGACUGCAGUCCAGUGAAAAAGAGGCGUGCCCCUCAAAAGAAAGAGGCCAAUGGAGUAAAGAAAACCACAACUCCCAAAAAGCGAACUCCCAAAAAGCGAACUCCCAAGAAGGCAAGUCCCAAGAAGGCAAGUCCCAAGAAGCGCUUAGUGGACUCGGCAUCACAAACCUCCCCAAUGCCUGAACCAGCCAAGAAGCCAAGAGGCAGGGCCAAGAAGGCUGCUUAACUUUUUUAACACUGUUACAUGAUACUUGUCAGGCACUGUCUCUUUCUCUUAUUGUUUAUGGAAUAUAUGUUUUCAAACAUUGUAAAUUUUUUAAGUUUUCUUAAAAACUGAGUAUUGUUUCUCUCUGUGUAAAAUAAUAAUAAAUACUUUGGGGGUAGAAA